AAGGAAGGAAGGAAGGAAGGAAGGAAGGAAGGAAGGAAGGAAGGAAGGAAGGAAGGAAGGAAGGAAGGAAGGAAGGAAGGAAGGAAGGAAGGAAGAGAAAAAAAACUCAAAGAAUUCCCAUCCUAAUGAUACCCUGGAAUCUUGAUUUUCAUAAAUAUUUUAAAGAGAUGGAAAAAAUAGGGAUCUAGGUCAUAGUUACCGAAGAUAUCCUUUCUGGUGAUCACACCGUCUGUGACCUUUUUUAUUUUGUAAGUGGAAAGCACUCUGAAUUGUUGAGAAAUUCAAUAGAUCAAUCUAGAGAUCUCGGGAUGCUAGCCCCGACACAUUAAUUAGCUCAGGUAUGACCUCGAACUAAUCCUUUACGUUCCUUCCGCCUCACUUUACUCAUCCUGUAGCGGGUUUGGCGGCCCGACCUCUGAAGUUUGUAGGAAGGAAAGCGCUUCAGAAACUUCAUUCUUGUUACCUCGUUCGUUCCCAACCGCAAGAGGCGAGCAAGACAAAUGACCGAGAGCAAACAGCUUACUCAUUCCCUGCGUCUGCUUUGAGAGCCUCCCUCGAGGCCGCAGGGUCAUGAUGACCAGAGAGGUUCCAGACUGAGCCAAAGCCGAGGAGAACAGCGAUAUCCAUUUAGCCUUCGCUAGGGAUCAGCUCCGGCAGGUUAGCGUCCUGUUUCCAUGGCAACACGCCAGUUCUGCGUCAAUAGCGGCGGCUGUACCCUUGGAGCUCUGUUCCGGAGAAGACAAACAAACAAACAAAUCUUGGGAGUGUGGGACGUCCCGGCCUAGGACGGAGGAAGCUUUCGAGGAAGUUUUCGGCGUGACGGAGAAUCCUCCACAAGGAAGGAGGGAGCUGUCCGUUUUAGGAAGCCAAUCAUAAGAAAAAUUGCAAUUGCUUUUUGAGAUGAUAUCAAAUUCAUUUUACCUUGGAAUUAAAGUUUACUGAGAAAGUAUGGUACGACUCACACUGGAUCUGGUUGCCAAGAGUGUCAACCAAAAGAAUCGAAAAGAGGAGAAUAUUACACAGUAUUUGAAGAAAAUAACUCACCUAAACUUUUCAAACAGAAAUAUAGAUAUAAUUGAUGACCUCUCUCUAUGCAAAAAUCUCAGUGUUUUAUAUUUGUAUGAUAACAACAUUGGCCAAAUUGAUAAUUUGAGUUUUGCAACAAAUCUAACACACCUAUAUCUACAGAACAACUGCAUAUCAUGUAUAGAGAACCUCAGCUCAUUGAAGAAACUUGAGAAAUUGUACCUGGGUGGCAACUACAUUGCUGUAGUAGAGUCUUUAGAAGGACUAGGAGAGCUCAGAGAGCUACAUGUUGAGAGUCAAAAGCUUCCCCUUGGUGAAAAGCUUCUUUUUGAUCCAAGAACUCUUCAAUCCUUGGCAAAUUCUCUCUCUGUAUUAAAUAUCAGCAACAACAAUAUUGACGAAAUAAAAGACUUAGAAACAUUGGAGAACCUCACUCAGCUUAUAGCAGUUGACAACCAACUUCUUCAUGUGAAGGAUUUGGAGCUUUUACUGAACAGGUUGCCCAAAUUAUGGAAAAUGGAUCUGAGUGGAAAUCCUGUCUGUCUCAAGCCAAAAUACAGGGACAGAUUGAUCGUGAUGUCCAACUCUCUAGAAAGUCUUGAUGGGAAAGAAAUAAAACAAAUAGAAAGACAAUUCCUAAUGAACUGGAAGGCAUCCAAAGAUGCCAGGAAAAACAUGAAGAAAAAGAGUGUGAUAUGGGAUGCUUCAGUCCCUCCAAACAAAAGUGACUUUGAAUCAACCCACCAACGAAUUCCUGGUUAUUACGGUGCCCCACAGAAGCAAAGAACGGGAAGCAGAGGGGGUCUCCAUCAAUUUGGGAAAUGGCCAUGGUUGAAGAAAUCGUGAUCAUCUAAUAGAAUAUUACAGCUUCAAAGAAUUUGAAAGGAUUUGUAUGAGCCGAAGUAAAGUGCAAAACUAGGAGAACAAUUUAUAUAAAGACGACAUUAAUGUAAAGGAAAACAACUUUGAAAGUCUUAAAAAGUUUGAUCAAUAAAGUAUUAUAUCAUGAUUAUAGAAGACUGUUAAUGAAACAUGUUUUUCACAUGUUGAUAGAAAAAUAGACCUGAGGCAGAAUGAGCUCAGUACUCAAAUUCAAUCUACUUUGCUUGAUUCCACAUUUGUUAUAAGGAAGACUUUUUUUUUUUUUAGGAGAUGAAGUGAAUUGUGUAAAGAAAUGUAGAGAUUAUCAAUAGUGAUAUAAAAGGGGAGGAGGGAAAGCUCAAU